AUGUAUACCGCACUCUCUGUCUUCCUCCAGUUACCUUUCUACGUUGCCAUGGCGGAGUCAAGACGACCGGAGGUGAGUGUGAACGCAUCGGGUGCCAGUACUGAAAAACUCGUCUGAGUGUGGUACACAUGACCCAGUUCCCCUUACAUGUAACUGGUUUCUGCAAAGUUGUAGGAGAGAAAGCUUGAAUGUCGUAAUGUAAAUGGAGAGGGAGGGCGAUGAAUUCGGUUUAUUUCGAAAUUAAUGAUUGAAAAUUUUCAUCAAAAACUUGGCUCCUUAUACCGUGGACAUAAUCCAAAUUAACUAAUUUCUCAUGAGUCGUAAAGGGUUACAAAGACCGAAUAGGGUAGAAUGAUCUUAACCUGACAAUGGUGCUCUAGUCUUAACACAAAAAGCCUGGAAUGAGCUCUCGAAAUGUAAUGACUGGGCCCGGAGAUGCCUGACGAGGUCACUCCGUGCUCCGAAUAUCCGUUGUCAGCGUGAGCGUGAUGGCAGUGGUGAGUGCUCGUGUUGAUUAUUCGUAUUUCUUAAGUUUUGCGGGCCGCAUUUUUACCUUGACAGCAACUAUCUGGCUGGCCACAGGGAUGACUUUUCCCGCCUUCACAACAGUUCGCCAAACCUACCUGUAUUGAACGAGGUGCCCGAGGUCUCACUCCACAAUACUCACCAUGAGGACCCACUUGCCCCGUCAGUUGGUAGACUUCAAGGUCACAACUGAUAUCGCGUCUCAGUAGAUUCAGGCGCGUUUAUUAUACUAAAUUGAGAACUACGCCGAGGAUAGAUCUCCCAGCCCCACCCAUACACGACCUGAUUCCAAUUUUAUGCACCAGGCUACGCCAACGAACAUACUCCCCACUUCAACUGAACGUCCAUGCCCUGGCAUGCUACGUCUGGCGAUGGCAAGGUGGAUCGUACGCUUGCAGUAGGAACGAGACAUGGAGUCUGACGUCAAGGCCAUAUUGAUUCCCUCUCGCUCCUUAGGAAGGGCCUUGGUCAGUGUGGUGGCUAUUAUGAGACAGAAAAGGACGGAAGCAAGUAUACAGUCCUACUUCAUUCUAUUCGUCACCGCGAGUGCUUCCGAGUCUAUCCGAACACGCGGACCAUUGGCGGUCGGACAGUUUCAAUUGUUAUGCUCAAUUCCCUCACUCUCGCUUUCAGGACUCCCUCACGCAAAUUACCGUUGAAAUGAUGCCAGGACACGUACGUGCACCUACAUAUUUCACCAUUUCGCAAGAUUUCAUUCAUCCCAGAAGUCCCCUUGAACUUCAUUUGAGUCAAGUACUGCGUCUGUUAACAGAAGAAAGCAGUUUAGUCGUUCUUUAUGUUUACUCAGUAUGUCGGCUGGCUUUGUCUUCGGCAGGAACGAAAGGAAAUCUGAGCACCCAAUCAACCAACAGUUCUAACCCACAUUCAAAAAAAGCUAGCUCCAGUGAGGCGGAUUUGAACCACUGACCUAAGGCUAAUUGCUACACAAUUACAGUCCUCCGCUCUGCCAGCUGAGCUAUCACCGGGUGAAGACGACAGUGGAGACGACAGAACACAACGGCAUUUCCAAAUGCCCAAGCAAUUGUCUAGUUUGAUUUAGUCAACCCUACUAGAGUUGAAGUCGAAACCUUGGAGACACAGACACAGACGGGGUUCUGCUAUGCCAAAUGAAGUUAUGUUCAAGCUAUACACAUCGCAUCCCUCCUUAGACAAACAAAUAUUAUUUUUAAAGACAUUAUUUUCUGGCAGGAGAAAAGUAUGACAGAAAGUGACAGCUGACAGGAGUCAGUUGUGCGAGCAACACAGCUAAGAAGCACGAAAUUGUGGUUGCACUAUGAAAGCAACACGGCCAUGUAGCUCUGUCGAGCUUUGUGCCAGACCGGUUGGCUGGUCGAGUUAGUACCACCUCUGACAUUUUCGACGUUUGUUCCCUGCCUUCUGCCCUUGGUUGACUGCUUGUCAGACCAUGGCUGUUUGUGCGUCGUCAUGGUAGUAUAGAAGCACAGGUUGUUGUUUAUAGAUGGGAAUGUGAGUUGUGAGUAACGAGAGAACAGGGUUCUAGAGGGGCAGGGCUGCCCGCCACCCACUGCACUGUCGCCCUCGUUACUCUACUAACUCGACGGAUGCUACUCCCAGCUGUGAUCUGAUGGAUUUGCAGGUAUCCAGCGGGAUUGUUACCCCAAUGGAAUGCUACUCUUUGCCUACACGACGUUCUGUCUUCAUCUGAGUUCUGGCGAUGGCCGCGUUGUCAUGCGUUCGGAAGUGUCCAACUAGAUUUAACGCACCCGGAAGACGAGGUCGCUGUGAGAUCAUUCGUGGUGUGUUUAUUUUGCUUAAGGGAUGUGGCGUAGUGAGGUGUGGUGGGGGAUGUGGAAUUGGAUAGACGAAUUGGCUUUGUGGUUGGGGUCCCAAAUGAUGAAUUGGAGCAUUGCUCGAGCGUUGCCAUUUGGGCAAUAAAUUAACAUUGGUCAUAGUGCGGUGAUGUUGCUCCGCGUGGUUUCUAUUUUUUGGCUUUUGCUCCGUGUUGCCCUCCUACACUCGGUCCCCCACGAAAGAUUUUGAUCCACUUUUUUAAUCGAAAAUUGCCAUGCCUGGACUCCUGGCUGACUUCGAUGAAUAUGGUGAUACUUCAACACAUACUUUGGACUUAGUCUGUGUUAAUUCCAACUACGAGUACCGAUGGCGACGACUGCAUGACAGAGUCUGUUUGGCAGACGCUAAUCGUGUAUUCUCACGACGUGGUCACACUGAAAGAGUGUGAUCUCUAUCAGCAUUGCAAUCAUACUGAUUAUUGCACUUCUUGUCUUCCUCUCGGUCCUGAUAAGGACCGAUUUGUCACGAUAAUUUUGGUUGGGCUUUGGAAGCUACGACUGGUAGUGCGUCGGAGCAGGCCUAAGUGACUCGGGUAUAUUGAAUUAUGAAGUGUGCAUUUUUGCCAUGAGGAUGGAUUAUCCCCUGCUGACUUCAUUUUGAAUUUAUUCUCUAAUGCGUCAGUGGUCUGUCCGGCAACCAAGCGGCCAACCGGUGAUGCCGGGUGCGUUAAGUGACUGACGGGGUCGAGCAGCCUGUCUACCCGAGGAACAGUAGCGACUAUGGCGGUUAACUGAGACACACUGUGAAAACUCUUGUUAGUUUAAAGGCAGAGUAGAUACAGAUCUUUAUACCGUGUUGCUGGAUCGACUGAAAAUAUUUUCAAAAUUGUUCUGGUGCACUCUGAAGGCUUUUUACUGUGUUAUUUUCGCGUUGUCCCUAGGUGGAGGAAGCUGAGAUAUAAAACCGCAUUAAUGUGACAGAUAUAAGUGUGCUGACGGUUGAAGAUCGCCUCGAAGAAGGUGAACUCACUCGUGCAGUAUUAAUUAUAGAAGCAAGUAGUCAUUCGAUCUUUCUUUUCUGACAGAAGUCACACAUUUUCCCCGAAGCAAGGCUUUGCAUAGCGACCACACCCCGGUGACAGUCUUGACCAAAUGGAGCUACACAAGUUAUAUUUACCUCAUUAUUAACUAAAAUACAACUAAUGAAAACAGUAUAUUUGGAAGGAAAAUAUAUAGAAUGUAGAUUGGAAGUCCAAAGAGCAAAUGUAAAUGUCAGCGUGAUUUGCCUUACGCAGAAAUUAAAAAAAAUUUUGGAACCAAAUGACAUAUCUUCUCUUACUAUCACGUUUGAAGAAGACAUGGUUUGUCGACAAAGGAGUGCAAAAUGACUGCUUUCAUUAAUUGUGUUUUAGUUGAUAAGGAGGUAAGGAUGGGCUGUGUCACUCCACUGGGUGUAAUAUGCGCAAACUACCACCAUAUUUGUUUUAGUAGGACUUAGUUGGUCUAGUAAUGCGAGCUGCAGGGAGUCUCCCUUUGAGUGUGCGCCGUGACAUAUUUGCAUCUUGUAGAAUAUUUGCCUGUGUGUUGUCAGGUCAGUCACUUGCGAAUCCAUCGCACAGAGACUGGCGAACCAGUGCCUGGAGCACCAACCUACACCCACCGCACCCGCCUACACUGCCCACACUGCCCUCGCACCUUCAGGCAUCGCAUGGGUCUAUUCGGCCACAUGCGCAUCCACGACGAACUGCGGUAGACAACCGCCGGCUACACCACGCCACAACACCCUCCCGCCCUGCCUCCUCCACACAUCAACACUCUACCCACCGCAAGCACCCAACUGCCACCUCCCACGCAAGUGGGAAGUGUGCAUCUCGACUCUGCCCCCAUACAGCUCCGGCUGCACGGGUGACUUAAGUCUGAGAAUAUACCGACACGUCAAGUGUCGUGGAUAGGAAGGUUGCUGAUUGACGCCCGUUCUCGGUUCAUGCAGUACGUCACGUUGUGUGUGUGUUGUGUGGAGUGGUGGACUGGUGGGCUGGGGACGGGUCGCAACAGCAACUUCCACGGCACCCUCACGCAAGUGAGAGACACGCCGUUCAACGCCCGUUGUGUGAAAUCCUGGUGUUUGUGUGUAUGGGGGGGCCAGGUCGUGCAAGUGGCGCACGCAGGCAUGGUCAGUCGACCGUGCCAGCCACCGCGCCCAUUCCCCACUCCAGUCUGCUGACCGGCUCGGACAGUGGCUGGGGUGUGGGAGUGGGAAGGGUGAGUGAGGUCGACAAUUCAGCGCACUUUCUGUUCACUAUAAACAAUCUGACGCGCCUAAAGCUAUCACAGUGCGCUAAAAGCCGUAGCUUGGAAGGUUGCCAAUGGACGGGGUAAAUUGGACCUCGUCCUUCACUGGAGGCGGUCUGAGAGUCAGGCUGCAAUGGUUCUUUUCUAAUGUGGCUUUUACGGCACUCCCACCACAGUGUGGGAUCCGAGACAGGCGUCGGCGGCACUUCCAGUUGCUGAUAUUUACAGUUGCCCAUUGGACUUCCAAUCUACGUGCUGUAUAUUUUCCGUGUUAGGAUAGUCUUGCAUUUGCCACCGUUAUCAAAAUAUGUCAUAGAAGGCCCCUUGUACUUUGCAUUGAAUGUAGACAUGAUUGCAUACUUCAUCUUCAUUAUUAAAAUGUACAGAUGGUAUGCCGUAUGAUAUGGCACUUCAAGGCCAUUAAUGCAGUUUUCUUCUAAACCUAAUUGUGGGCAAUAUUCAAGUGGAAAAUUUGAAGAUUACGUACUUUACUGCCAAGUGAGUACCAGAAAUAUGCUUUCGGGCGUAAUCUCUACAAAAUAUAUUCGAGGUUAUGAGGGCAACAAGUGAAGUUUUAGCAGGCGAGUGGAAGGAGGUUCAUUUAAAGGCCGGCAUCAUGUCGUGACUGAAAUAUCUUGGGAUUAUGCUUCACGAUAAUCACUGUCAUGACUCCAAAACAGAAAUUAUUUUUAAUUUUAAAUACAUUUCAGAAUUUCCUGAAAAGACUCAAUUACUAUUGUGGCAGUAGCGAUAUAACAAAUACUGCUUUUGGUCGUCUCAGUAGUGCCGUGCUAGUAGCAGGCGUAUUGGGAGUAGUAACAAUGGCAGUCGAAGUACUGGCUGUAGCAUUAGUAGUAGUAGUAGUAGCAGUAGUAGUAGUAGUAUUAGUAGUAGUAGUUGUAGUAGUUGAAAUAGCAGUAAAAGAGGCAAUUUUAGUGAAGUGGUGGCACUACUCCAAAUCGUAAUUGUAAUAUAAUUAGGAGUACUAGUUACAGCUAUCGACGUUGGAUCAGGCAGUUUGUGGAAUUUGUUCCCCAGUGCUGCAUCGCGUGUCGCUGUCUGCUCGCGGGCUCGUUCAGUCACUUUCUGCUGAAGCAGAUUUGUGUCGUUCUCGCCCAUGAACUCGCAGCAUCUGGCCUUUUUCUUGGUCAAUUCUCUGACGGUAUUUGCGUAGUCUCGCAUGGCAAUCUUGAAGGAGCACGCGGAUCAUACGUCUUCCGUGCUGAAAUACUGCGUGUCUCGCUAGCUCCGUGUUUACCGGAGGUUUGUAUGAAACACACUUCGGCAACACGUUGUUAUCGAGACACCUGUGCAGAAACCAGAUCUGCGCGUAAGUAGAGGCCUCUCGAAGGGCGAAAGUUUCCCAUCGUCGGGCCGAUCGGAGCGCGUCGCGCCCAAACAAAUUGCCGAUACAAGCGAAAAUGCGAGUUCCAGGAACUAGUUGAUCAGAAGAAGAAGCAAUCGCUGGAACAAUGGCUUUAUUCGCCUGACGUUUCGGAUUCUCUCUUGAAUCCAUCAUCAGAGACAGUUGCAGAAAAGGGUGGCUAGUGUACAGGCAGCCGCAGUAUUUAUAGGAUGCGGUCGCCAUGCUACCGCAUACCUACAGCAAUUAACCGUGCUCCUUUCAUCAAGGAUUGUUGCCCGCUGGUGCGCUACUUGCUUGAUGGCCGGCAUGCAAGUUGUUAAUUGCUGACAUCUCAUCACCCGUGUUGGAUGCUGGCGUGAUGAUUGCUCGGCCAUCUGGCUCACGUGCUUGCGCGCUCCUCGAGUGGUCAAUUGCUUUGACCAGUCUAUGUCUCAGGACAGAAUAUGGAGUGGGGAUGUCGUUGCACUUGUUGAUAGACUGAGGUCCCGUGAACCAUGACUCAAGCAACUCGCGGCUCACGCGAUUAUCCCCUCUCGCGAGAAUUUCGGCCUAAUCGAACUUGAAUGUGUGGCCGCGUCUCGUCGAAUGGGCCGCGACCUGAGAGUUGGCGUCAUUUCUCCGUGCAGCUGCCACGUGUUCGGCAAUUAGCGUCCGGAGCAGUCUUCCAGUUUCUCCGACGUAGUUGCUUUGUCCGAAACUGCACCAGAUCCAGGUGGACAUCGCCGCACUCAGCGAGACUCGAUUCUCCGAAAAAGGCCACCUGGAAGAGGUGGGUGCCGGCUACACCUUGUUCUGGAGUGGUCGACCCAGGGCAGAGCGACGAGACGCGGGCGUCGCCUUUACCAUCCGGAACGAUAUCGUGGGACGACUGCCCUGUUUGCCGCAGGGAAUCAACGAUCGCCUGAUGAGCCUCCGCCUGCCUCUCCGGCGAGGAGGCAAGUUCGCCACCAUCAUCAGCUCCGACGCCGCCGCAAGAGACAAAUUCUACGAGGAUCUGCACGCCCUCUUGGCGACUGUGUCGAAGGCGGACAAGUUGAUUGUCCUUGGCGACUUCAGCGCCCGCGUCGGCACAGACCAUACUGCCUGGAGAGGAGUGCUGGGUCCCCACGGUCUCCUCAGCUCCAACGACAACGGACUGCUGCUUCUCCGCACCUGCUCAGAACACCGCUUCAUCCUGACGAACACGUUCUUCUGUCUACCGCAGCGAGAGAAGGCCACCUGGAGGCAUCCUCGGACGCGUCAGUGGCACCUGCUGGACUAUGUCCUCCUCCGAAGGCGUGACCAGCGGGACGUGCUGGUGACGAAGGCGAUCGCGGGUGCUGACGGGUGGACCGACCAUCGUCUCAUCGUCUCGAAGAUGCGUAUUCGCUUACAGCCUCGCAGGAGACCACAAGGUAAGCGACCCCCAGGUAAGCUGAAUGUUGCUUUGUUGUCGUUGCCCGCUCACCAUCUUCAUUUCAGCAAUGAGCUAGAUCAACGGCUAGACAACCUCCCCAUCGCCGAUGCCGCCGCUGCCGAGAACGCCUCCGUGGAGAACCGCUGGUGUCAACUGCGAGACACGGUCCAGUCGACGGCGCUGGCCGUCCUCGGUCGCGCACGCCGCCAACACCAGGACUGGUUCGACGACAACGACGCCGACAUCAGAAAUCUGCUUGCUGAGAAGAACCGCCUACACAAAGCCGACGUAGAUCACCCCACUGAUGCCACCAAAGCUGCCUUCUACCGCAGUCGCCGCCAACUUCAGCAACAAAUGCGCGAGAUGCAGGACGCCUGGACUGCUCGCAAAGCUGAGGAGAUCCAAGGCUACGCGGACCGCAACGAAUGGAAGAAUUUGUUCUCUGCGAUCAAAUCUGUCUACGGUUCGCCGACGAAGGGCACUGCUCCUCUCCUCAGCGCCGACGGCAGUACUCUCCUGACUGAGAAGACGCAAAUCCUACAGCGAUGGGCCGAGCAUUUCGGAGGCGUCCUCAACCGCCCCUCCGUCAUCUCCGACGCCGCCAUCGCCCGCUUGCCGCAAUUGGAGACCAAUGUGGACCUCGACCUCCCGCCAUCUCUCCAGGAGCCCAUCAGAGCCGUGCAGCAACUCUCCAGCGGGAAAGCACCCGGAUCGGACGCAAUCCCUGCUGAGGUCUACAAGCACGGAGGUCCCCAACUCAUGGAUCACCUGACUGCGCUCUUCCAAGAGAUGUGGCGUGAAGGUGAAGUCCCGCUAGAUUUCAAAGACGCAACCAUCGUGCAUCUCUACAAGCGCUAA